GCGGGAGUGGACCGGCUGCGCUUGCUUGGUGGUGAAUGUGCAGUCGAAAGACGCUUAGGGGCGUACGGUUGCAAAUCUACGCACGCAAGAGUACAAGCUGAAGGGGGUACGCCAAUGAACACAGAGUGUUGGUGGCUUCCGUUAUUGCUGGUUAGGCGCACCGGGUGUCCCGCCGCAGAUACGACAGAAACCUGUUGUAUGAUGCUAUCGGCCAGGAGGCGUGAUGCCCGAGGGAUGUACCCUCGCGAAUAACGAGAUAUCACAUACCUUAUCUCCCAGAAUGCGCAGUCAUGUCGACUACAUCGCCUUCGCCAACUCCUACCGCUUCGUAAAUAUUGUUUUGGAAGCUCUGCGCAUUUGUCUAUCGCAAUACCAUGGCGGACGGGGGAUGGAUCCGGGUUUACAGCACUAGAAGGGUCUUCAAUUUACAACACUAGAAGGUGUUCAAUUUACAACACUAGAAGGGUGUUCAAUUUACAACACUAGAAGGGUCUUCAGUAAGCUCUUGCAGCAGAGUCGUACACGCACCGAACCAGUGAUCAUUGACACGAACGGGAAGAAUGGUCGGUGAGAGUGUACAGUACGACGAUCAGCAAGAUCCC